UUAAACGAAAUGCGUAUCCCAUCACUAUAAAUGCUAUAUAAGGAAACGUCGUUGAAUUGUUCGAUUGUUGAUUCCGAUCAUCAUUUUGGCAUUGUGGUUGACCUUUUCCUGUUAAAUACUUACGUCUUUCAUAAUUUGCAAUUUUUUUAUACUAAAUUGUGUGCCGGUUGUCACGUGCGAAUUUAAUAGUAUUGCCAUUCUAACCAGUAUUUUUAAUCCGAAAUAAGAUGGGCGAUAACGUACUACCAUUCCAACUGCAAGCUUUGGAUAAACAGACCCAUCUAGAUCAUUUAUGUGCUCUUGAUAUUAAUUCCAGAGCAUCGUUUAUUCGUUUAUCAGGAAUAAUAUGUACAAUUGGACCUGCAUCAAGAGACCCAGACGUGCUGGUGGAGAUGAUGGAAGCAGGUAUGAACGUGGCGCGUCUCAAUUUCUCUCAUGGUUCUCACGAAUACCACGCCGAAACAAUCGUCAAUAUCCGUACCGCUGUUGAUAUGUACAGCAAGAAAAUUGGUAUGCCUUAUCCGUUAGCCAUAGCCCUUGAUACCAAAGGACCCGAAAUCCGUACAGGUCUUCUCGAAGGGGGUGGUUCUGCUGAAGUUGAACUAGUUAAAGGUCAAACCAUUAAAUUGACCACCGAUAAGGCAUACGAAUCAAAAGGCACUAAAGACUGCGUAUAUAUUGAUUACGAUAAUAUUCAGAAAGUUGUAAAACCAGGAAAUCGCAUUUACGUCGACGAUGGUUUGAUGUCUUUGGUUGUAGAAAGUGUCCAAGGCUCUUUCCUCACCUGUACCGUUGAAAAUGGCGGUAUUCUUGGAAGUCGUAAAGGUUGCAAUCUUCCUGGUGUUCCCGUCGAUUUACCUGCCGUAUCUGAAAAGGAUAAAUCCGAUUUGAAAUUUGGCGUCGAACAAAAAGUCGAUAUAAUUUUUGCUUCGUUCAUACGUAACGGUGCUGCCUUGGCCGAAAUCAGGAGCAUCCUUGGAGAAGAAGGAAAAAAAAUUUUAAUUAUUUCCAAAAUUGAAAACCAACAAGGUGUGGAUAAUUUGGACGAAAUCAUAGAUGCUUCAGAUGGUAUUAUGGCGGCCCGUGGUGAUCUUGGUAUAGAAAUUCCCACUGAAAAAGUAUUCAUAGCACAAAAAGCGAUGAUCGCUCGUUGCAACAAAGUAGGUAAACCGGUCAUUUGUGCUACCCAAAUGUUGGAAUCUAUGACCAAAAAACCGAGACCGACUCGUGCCGAAAGUUCAGAUGUAGCUAAUGCCGUUAUCGAUGGAGCUGAUUGCGUGAUGUUAUCAGGUGAAACGGCUAAAGGAGAUUACCCAUUAGAUUGCGUUAGAACUAUGGCUAACAUUUGCAAAGAAGCCGAAGCUGCCAUGUGGAGUAAGGAAUUCUUCCACGAUUUAACAGAUAUAUUGCCAGUUCCGCUUGAUAUAGCACAAACAAUUGCAGUUUCCGCAGUAGAAUCUUCCAAUAAGACGUUGGCUGCUGCUAUAAUUGUUAUUACCACGUCCGGUAAAUCUGCUCAUUUGGUCGCUAAAUUUAAACCAAGAUGUCCCAUUAUUGCAGUAACACGGAACGCUCAAGUUGCUAGACAAGCCCAACUCUAUAGGGCCAUUUUACCGUUGGUAUAUGAAGCUGAUCGUCUUGAAGAUUGGUUAAAAGAUGUAGACGCCAGAGUACAAUACGGUAUCAAAUUCGGUAAAGCCCAAGGAUUUAUUAGAACCGGUGAUCCAGUUGUGGUUAUAACAGGAUGGAAACAAGGAUCCGGUUUUACAAAUACUCUUAGAAUCAUCUAUGCAGCCGAUGAAGUACAGGCUGUAUGUCUUGGAACAUGUUCCAAGUAAAUUAUCAAAGUAACAUAAAAAAACAACACAUACUACUCCAGUUGCCAUUAAUCUUGAUCAACAUGUUAUAAAAAUAUAUAUAUUUUUUAAAUUUACUCAUUGACUACAGUAUUUUUUUAAAUUUUAAAGCGUAAAUUAUUUAUUCAUUCACAAAUUAUGGACCUUGUUAUUUUCUAUUGGAUCUGGUACACAUUUGGCAUUAUUUAGUAUGUUGAUGAAUUUUAUUUGGAAAUUGUGUAGAUCAGAAUAUUCUAGAUGAUUAUUUAUUUGCGUGAACGUUUAUUUGUAUGAAAUAGAUGUAUUAUAAAUGUUGUAAAAUACAUAAGUGAACUUUUAAAAGUUAUACAGAAUUGAUGUAGUAUUAAAUUGCUGAGAGAUCGACUCGACUUUUUUAUUAAAACAAAAUUUUAACAUAAAAUAUAGCCUACAAUGGAUUUAAUAAUACUUUGGAUCAUGUUACAACCAAAGGACACAACUGGGAUUGUAUAAACCUUCAAGUCAUCGCUCAAUGUACAAACAUAUCAAAGGCGGAAGAAGUAAAAACGUUAGUGAAAGACGAAUUAGUGAAAAGUGAAGUAGAGGCUGGUUUUUCACAUAAAAUAAUUAAAAUGGCGAAUCUAGUCUUUUUGCUUUUAUAUAGUAUUUCCUGAUAUCUUAGUCUCUAGUUUUUAUUUCCAUUUUUUUAACCAAUCUAUUUUGCCAGUAAAAAUUAUUCCAGUUACAUUUUCUACUGAUUCGAAAAUUCUUUUCCCGGUAGGUCUUCUAUUAUGUAUUGCUGUGUAUGAAUAAAUAAUUCUUCGUAGUAUUUGUUCCUCAAAUUUAUCAACGGAUCCUUUGGAAGUUGAGGGUUCAUAGGAGCGUUUUUUGACUCGUUAGAAGUUAUUUUGAAAUAUGUCAGCUCAUAUUGUACUACUUGUACAACUUGCAAAAAGUAAAGGAUUCUUAAUCAGUAAAGAUAAUGAAUCUGAAUUCUGCAAUAUUAUUUGCGUUUUUAUAGAAGUCUCUAAUGGAACAUUUGACAGCAAAUCUUGAUUCACAGCUAAAAACGUGAUAAGUAAAUGGACCCAAUUUGAGAACUUGUUUAUGUCUUUUGGUUUUGAUCAGUUGCUCUGAUCUAAAUACUUGUAAAACCACUGAUUAUGUUUUAUCUUGCAGCUAACACUGCUACAGCAAGUUUAUUACAAAAGUAUGCAAAAACAAAAACCUGUGCAAUUGCAAUAACUAAUCUUAAGAUAAAUUGAUGUCUUUAAGAGGAAAAGAACGCCAAAGAAAAAAUUAACACCCUGUGGAAAAUUGAAAGAUGAAGCUGACUCUAUUUCAACAGUUCAACGUUAAAAAAUUAUAUACUUUGAUAUGGGUAUUGAAGAGAGAUUUUGCGCAAACCAAGACGUUAUAACUUUAAUUCCCCGGCAGGAGACUCUUCCUUUAAGAAGUGUAUUUCAUCCUGUUAAAGUAUUUAAUUAACUGGUACUUAGAAGGGGUGAACAAUCAAUAUUAAAUUGGAUGCUACCAACUUUUUAAAAAAGGUGGAAACACCUUAUGAAUUAAAUUAAUAAUAAAAACUACUUAUUUAUGAAAAUCCGGGAUGGAUGCACCAUCACCUGAAAUCCUAGUUGUUGGAGUUGAGUUGAAUUUGUUUGGUUGAGGUAUACCGGUUGAGUCCUUUGAAUGUGGUUGAAGUUCUUACAGGGCAGCUGUAGAACUGCGGAUAAAAACAGGAAGGAAACGGGAACACAGAUGGAAAUUACUGAAGAAGGAACGAGUAGAAAGAAUAGAUUUGAAUAAAAGGAACUAAAAUAUAACCAAACAGGAAUAUUUUCUAUUCUAUUCGUUCUGUUCGCCAUAGAAAAAGAAAUAUUAUUGAAUCUCGCACAUUUUCAUUGUAUGUACAAGAAUCAAAGAGAAAAGCACCAAAAUUGUUGACUAGUUUCACAUCUCCAGUGCCAUGUAUAUUUAGAGAUCCUUUAUUGAUAAAUGGAACAUAAGUUCGAUAUUCUCCCUUUCGAAUAGACUCAUCAAAUCUAGACACAUCAUAACAGGGGUGGUCAUAAACGUUAGUCAUGACCACAACUAUUGUAGUUGCUAUGUGGAUGGUCCAAAAGAGUAUUUCAACGGUUAGCAGAAUGUACCAAAUUCAGCAACCUCUUAGCGGUUGGUCCACUGAGAACUAAAGAGACAGAUGCAGUAAAGAAGAUUGGGACCUGACCGAAAAAGUAGAAAUUGAAUUUAUUUCCCUGAAAAUAAACAAUGUUCCAAGUGUUUUAUAUUCCUUUUUUUAGUUCUGCAUAAACUUACUCAAUGUGGACUAUUGUAUAUUGCAUGUGAACGGGACCUAAUAUCCAGACUACUUUUUAUUAACGUUAAGAGAGAUUUGUUUCAUAAUUUAGACACAAACAAAAUAAUAGAUGAAGUGGUUUAACAGUGAGUUGCUCAUAAAGAAGCUGUUACUCCAGUUAAGUACCUCCUGUUUUUUAAUAUAACAUCGUGAACUGUUAGAUAUAAAGGAUUUUUUGAAAA